AUGUCCAUAAUACAUAAAUAUUUCAGUCGCAAAUAUAAUAAACGGAAUAUAGAAACGAGUUCACAUCAAGAUCAAUAUAAUCCAAAUCAAAACCUAAUCUUACUUAAUAAUCAAACUUCGAUUGAAGAAUAUGAACCAAGUCAACUUUCGGAAUUAACAGAUUCAACAUCAAAAUAUAUGAAGAAUUUAAUCUGA